GAAUUCCAUUUCCAGGAAGUCGUACAUGACUGCGAGCACCAGUAACAUAUGGCCUGCCCAAGACUCCCUAAGGCAUUCUGGUGGCCAGUGUUGGCGUCCCAUCCUGUUUCUGUAGCCAUGGAGGCUCUGGAGGCACUCAUCAGCAAGGCAGAUUACUUGAUGGAGCAGAGCCAUGAGGCACUGGUACAGGGCGGCUAUGGGGCCCUGCAGGGACAGCCUCUCUUCAAGAAGCUAGCUGCUAUCUAUGCUGAGGAGGCCAACAAGACACCAAGAAUAAAGAGUAUCAGUUUGACCCACAAAUUGUUGGAUAAGUUGGUGAAACGAGAAAAUUUGAACUGCUUGGUGGUGAACUUGUACCGAGGCAAUGAAGGCUAUUCCCUCGCUAUCAAGAUGUCGUCAGGACUUGAAACUGAAACUGUCCGUCUUCCAUAUGAAGAAGAUUCUUUCCUGACUUACAUCGAUAAUGAAAAACUCCCUCCAAUGUUGCUGGACUUGUUAGAUGAUUCCAACAUAGAGAUCUAUCACUCGGGAUGUGUCAUAGCCGAGUUGCGUGACUACAGAAGGAUGCUGGACUCUUCCUAUGAGACAAGAUAUGUUCUCCUUCAGCCAACAGGACAGGUAAGCCUAGCAGUAUUUUGCAAAAUGGCACAAGAAGCAAAGACGGUUUCUGCAUUGAAAGAACUCAAUUUUUCACAGUUAACACUUCAAGAGAAGGUAGCAAUUAAACAAGCAGGUCGCCCAUUACCAGACAUUAAAAUUGUGCAAGAAGGAGUAAGCCACAACAAGAAGUAUAUUCGCAGUUUUAAUUGUGAUUGGUACCAAAGGAAAACAUGGCUCUGUGGAUGUGAAGUUAAGAAUGCACUAUUUUGCUUUCCAUGUCUGUUGUUUGGAGGCAAUUCAGUAUGGUCCAAAGAUGGUUUUGCAUGCAUAAAGAACUUGAAAGAAAAAACAGAGAAACAUGAGAAUUCUAGGAAGCAUAUUGAUAAUGUAAUUUCUCUAUCUGUUCUUGGGAGAGUAAAUAUUAAAGAAAGACUUAGUGAGGCAUACAGACUUUCAGUGAAUGCACAUAAUAAGAAUGUUACCAAGAAUCGUGAAAUUUUGUCCAAGAUUAUAGACUGCAUAAAAUUUUGUGGACACUUUGAGCUACCUUUGCGUGGACAUGAUGAAACUGAUGACUCUGCUAAUCCAGGUGUAUUUAGAGGACUUAUAAAUCAUGCAUCACAAUUAGAUCCAGACUUGCAAGCCCAUUUAGAAAGUAAUGCAGUCUUCAAAGAUGUCUCCAAGACUAUUCAGAAUGAAAUUCUCGAUUGUCUGCUGCAAAUAUAUCGUGAUCAGAUCAGAAAAGAAAUUAAAGAAGCUCCCUUUGUUGCUGUUAUGGCAGACGACACUACAGACGUUUCAGAACACACUCAAAUGGUUAUUGUUCUAAGGUACUUGCUAGGUGAAGAGGUUGUUGAGAGAUUUUGGGGAUUUUUCACUCCAGAAAAUCAAACAGUGGAUGGGUUGUCGAAAUGCAUCCUUGAUCAGUUAAACACAGUCCUUGAAGGGAAUGCAGAGAAACUGAUAGCUCAAACAUUUGAUGGAGCAAAUAUUAUGAAAGGUAAGAAGAGGGGUGUUCAGGCUAAAAUAAAAUCAGUCUACAAUAAUGCCCACUUCAUUCACUGUUAUGCCCACCAACUUAAUCUUAUUAUGCAAAAUGCUGCAAGUGUUACACGGGGUUCACGAAUAUUUUUCUCUAACCUUUCGGGCAUAGCAGCAUUUUUUUCAAGGUCACCUCUACAUUCAAAUGUUCUUACAAAGCACAUGACUAGCCACAUUCCACGCCCGUCUUCUACAAGGUGGAACUUUCAUAGUUGCACUGUCAACAAGGUUUAUGAACAUUUUGAACCCUUAAAAAAAUGCAUGGAGGAAAUACAGAGUACAUCAAAUGCUACUAUAACCAUACAAGAAGCAACAGGUAUUUUGAACACCUUGAAUGAUGAAAGUUUUAAGUUUUGGUUGGAGCUUUUCCACCAGAUAAUGCCUCAUGUGGAAGUGAUUUUUCACCAAAUGCAGUGUAGAGACAUUGAUGUGACUAAAGCACAUGAGUUUAUUACAAACUUCAAAAGGGCCAUUUCUGAAAUAAGAAAUUCCAAAUACUGUGAAAAUCCCAAAAAAACACUGAUGGCUGAAGCAAAAGAAGUGUGUGACUGUGUGUGUGCUGAUAUAGCUGAUAGAUUUUCUUUCACUAAACAAUUAGUAGCUGCUAAAUUGUUCAACAAAGACUGUUUCACUAACUUCAAGCAAAAAGUGACUUUAGAAGAAGUUGAAGUAGCCACUGAAGCUUACCCCAUGAUUGCCAAAGAAAGACUUUUGACUCAACUUAGAGUAUUCUAUGACAGAAGUGAUUUGCAUGAGUUUUCCAAAUUGAGUGAACUAUUAAAGAUUGUGAAUGAAAAUAACUUAGGUGAUGUACUCUGUGAAUUGACAAAACUUAUAAAAAUUCUUUUGACAAUUCCAAUGACUACAGCAGAGCCCGAACGUUGUUUUUCAACCCUGAAGAGGGUCAGAACUUUCUUAAGGAGCACUAUGAAGCAGGAGAGGCUAAAUGCACUUGCCAUGAUUUCAAUAGAGAAGAUUUCUAUGAAUAAUAUGCCAGGUUUAAAUGAAAAAGUUAUUGAUCUGUUUGCACAAAACAGGAACAGGAAAAUGGACUUCCUUUUCAAAUAUCUUCAUCUCUUCCCUUAUCCUUCUUACCAGUGCAUUACCUUUCUCUUCAACCAACCUGCUGCAGGUAAACAAAGCUUGUGUGUGGUGCUGCAUGAUGCACAUGGCUGCUGGGAUGAGAGUGAUGCUUCCUCGCUUUCAACCUCUCAUGGCCUCCCCACUUUCAGUCUCAUGGCUGGUGGGGUGAGAGUGAGGCUUCCUCACUUUGUCUCAUGUCUCAUGGCUGCUGUGGUGAGAGUGAGGCUUCCUCACUCUCAGUCUCAUGGCUGCUGUGGUGAGAGUGAGGCUUCCUCACUCUCAGUCUCAUGGCUGCUGUGGAUGGUUAUACAAAGUUUCCUUUUUACCAAACAGUCAGUAAUGGCCGAUGUUGCAUCCAUGACCCAAGACCGGGACUGGAGCACUGAGGAGAAACUGUACAUAGAGGCUGAGAUCAUUAAGAGGAUGGCUCCUUCCCUCAACCUGUCUCCAUCGCCCUUGGUGGCCAUCAUCAGUAACAAGCUGCACCAGAGGAAGUACAAGUUUUCAACAGUUCCAGUCAAAAGAGCAGCAAGGAGGUUUAGUCAGAUUGCCCAGAAUCGCAAGAAGGUGUUUGAGGAGUUUGCAGCACCCAAGUGCCUAAGGUUACACAAUUUCCUGAGUGGCAAGAAGGAAAGACGUCCCAAUGGGAAGAAUGUAACAAAACCACUGAUCCCUAUAUCAAUGGACAGCAUCCCAGAGCUGAGUGUUCCAGAAAGCAUUGACGUUCCCAAAGUAGCCCGUAUGUAUGAGCGUCCAAGCUACACCACAGACAACUCCCUCGUGUUCAUUGAGGAGCUGGUGCUGGAGACUGAACGGGCCCAGGGCAGGAUAUACCACACCAAACUGACGAUAUCACAAAGGAAGACAGAUGAGGUGUACUUUGGUGAGCUGUAUGUUGACCGGGACUACCAGGAAGGAAAACAGAAUGGUUCUACUUGCAAGUUUCAGUUGGGAACACAACAGCAAGUGUGUCGAUAUAUACAACAGUUCAAGGAAAUAUUUACCGAAGACUGGAGGAAGAGUGUCAAAAUCACCCAUAGGGUGGCUGGCCAGGCAGCCUAUUCCACCUUCAUGCCUGGCAGUCGUGACAAAAAAGAUGUGGAACUUCUCAAGCAGGCUUCAGCACAGCAACCAGCUCAGCAACAGAUUCAAGGACAGCAGCAGACUCAGCAGCAGCAGCAGCAGCAACAACAACAACAGCAACAGCAGCAACAGCAACAACAGCAACAGCAGCAACAACAACAACAGCAGCAACAGCAGCAGCAGCAACAACAACAACAACAACAACAACAACAACAGCAACAGCAACAACAACAACAGCAACAACAACAACAACCCCAACAGAAUGUUCAGCAGCAGGCAGUGGCUAUUGCUACAGCAGGAGGCAGCUCCCUCGGGGUGUCAUCAACUGCCUCCACAACAGGCGUCACCCAGCACACUCCUCAGAACGUCAUCAUCGUCUCCAAUGUGAGGGAGGGUCUUGCUGGUGAAGGAGGUGUGAAGAAAUCUGUUACAGUGGUCAGCAAACCAGUAGGGGUGACCUCCACCCCUUCCUCACUUACCAGCCUCAUCACAGCCCAGCCAGGCCAGCAAGGUUCAGGAGGUCACCAGGUAGUGGUGGCACGAAACUUUUUGCCAGGCCGAGGCACACAGACAGCCACAGGGAUGACAGGUAUGGCCAACAGCAUUACUGGCACAGUGACAACAGGGCCAGGAGCGACCAAGAUAACCCUACCCUCCCUCACCACGCAGCUGAAUCGCACAGUGCCAGCUAUACUCACAAGCAGUCUCACUUGCCAAGACACAGACUUCCUCACCAUCACUGACUGCUCUUUUGAAGGGCACUGGGCCAGCCAGCUCCCAGGCAGCAGUGUCUGUGCCAAGGCCUCAGUACGAUGUAAACGGACACCAAGCACUCACGUUGGUGUCCCUGCAUGUGUUUAUUACAGCUGCACCUGCAUGAAUCAUUAUUCUCCUGUCAGGCAAAUUUCACAAAUCACUUUUGCUGCUGAGACAGUCUCUCCAGGGAAGCAACUGUCUGUGCUGUAUCAUUGGCAAACAGCAACUUAUGUUGUUAACUUGGUGGGAGCAGUAAGUGAGGUGGCAAGCCACUCUAAAACCCCCACCAGUGACUCUCCAAGCUCCUCCCUCAAUGUGUCUGGGCUGCAGCAACUCUUGGCAGGCACCCCGUCAGCAGACAACCCAGCACCACAGCGAGGAGGUCCCUCCCUGCUGGAGCGCCUGUCAGCACAGUCCUCAAGUGCUGUUGCUGCCGCUGCUGCAGCCAGCAAGCAACAAGAGGGCAGUGCAGUGAAAAUAGGAGUGAGCAGUGCCUCAUCUGGCCAGACAAGUGUGGUGGGCUCAGCUGCAGCAGCUGUCUUGCGGAGUGACAGUGGUAGUGGGGGACCUCCUCCAAAUGUGAACAUUGCCAGCCUGAACCUUCCUGGUCUAAAUGUAGCUGGACUACAGAGUUUGACAACCAACAUUGGUGGCCUGCAAAAUGUUCAAGUAACCAUUCCAGGGCUGGCAGUGCCCAUCUCUCUCUCCCUUAAUGUGCCUGUGAGCAGUUCCACCGGGGUCAUACUCUCCUCCCCACCACCUGCCAGUGUAGCCACCAAGGUUUCUGGAUCUACAGCCUCUACCACAGCGACAACAGUGAUGAUAGCCAGCCAGCCAGCACUCCAGCAAGGCCAGGUGGUCCAGCUUCCCAUAAGUCAGCUGAACUCAUCCCAACUGGCAACACAGCUUGCCAAGUCAUCUAGCCAGCAAGGAGGAUCUUCUUCUUCAAUUCCUGUGUUGCAGGUUCAGGGCGUAGGAGGACAACUGUUUACUUCUGUUCGGGGCAGUAGUAAUGUGACAAGUGGAGGGGCAACAGCAGGUGCAGGGACCUCAGCCACCUCCCUACCACAGCAGACAGUGCAGGUGGCUCUUCAGACUGGUCAGGGUGGCAGCACUGUGGUGUCGGGAGGAGAGGCUACCAUUGGUUCAGCUCACACAGCUACUUCCCAGCCGUCUGUGGUCACACUCAAGGCCAAGCAGCAACUCCAGUUGGCCCUGCAGAAGACCAACUCAUUAAGCAGUCUCACACAACUACAUGUGCAGCAGAAAUUGGCUGCUCUUGCCAAACUCACACAGCAGCCACAGCAACAGCAGCAGCAGCAGCAACAGCAACAACAGCAGCAACAACAGCAACAACAGCAACAACAGCAGCAGCAACAACAACAACAACAACAACAGCAACAGCAACAACAACAGUAGCAAUAAAAACUGCACCAACAGUAAUAUCAGUAGCUUAAGAGGCGUACAUUUAUCAUAUGUACUAAAAAUACUUAGAAUGAUGAGGCCAUUUACAAUAUUUUAUGGCUGUGACCAUAACUGACCUUCCAGAGCUGCCAGACCAGAACCUCAAAGGUAGCACAGAAAGUUCUGUUUCCUUCCAUCUCUGGACUGUUAUGAUUUGUAUAGAAUUACACAAGUGCUCUCUCAUGAAUCCAAGAAAUUUCCCACCAGGAAAUGUCUAAUUUUUGUUAAUUUAAGUACUUCACAUAAACACUAGCAAUC